AUGAUCGACUGCAUACUAAUUAUCAAGGCUACCAUCUUUCCUGUUCUCCUACAGCUCAUUACGGACGAUGUGAACGUCCUCCUCAACAAUGACAACAUCGUGAUUGAGUCAGCGACGAGUGAGGAGGCGGCCGAAUUAAUAAGCAACAUUGCCUACGUCAAGCCGAGGUCCACUAGCACUCAACUCACUUUUGGUCCGCCUGUAUCCAAUGCUCGAGCCAUCGAACUGGCCACCGUGUUCAGCCUCGAGAACCUCAUGAUCGGUGAAAUCUACUAA